ACGCUCUCUCCGCCUAGCACCAUCACCAAUUGCCAAUACUUGCGAUUGAAUAAACCAUCUCCGUAUUUUAGCGCUUCUCGCAUAAUACAGCCACAAGACAAUCACACAACUACACAUAUACACCAGCCAUGUCGGAAGAAGCAUGGAAGUUCAGCCAGUGUUUCGGUGACAAGGGCGACAUCGAAACGAUCACCGAGGCUGACAUCAUCUCGACAGUCGAGUUCAACGGCAACGGUGAUUAUCUCGCUACAGGCGACAAGGGUGGGAGAGUGGUGCUCUUUGAGCGGAAUGGCAGCAAAAGGAACUGUGAGUACAAGUUCUACACGGAGUUCCAAUCCCAUGACGCGGAGUUCGACUACCUCAAGUCGCUCGAGAUUGAAGAAAAGAUCAACAAAAUCAAAUGGUUGAACACGUCGGGUAAUUCCUUGUCACUUUUGUCCACCAACGACAAGACCAUCAAGUUGUGGAAGGUGGCGGAGAAGCAGAUAAAGGUGGUGGCGGAGAACAACCUUUCCGAGCACGGCGCGCCGGCCGCGUUAUCCGCGGUGCAGCAGCAGGCGAAGCAGCAAGCGUUGCGGAUGAGCGCAUUGAAGUUGCCGCAGCUAACCGUGCACGACAAGAUCAUUAACGCGCAGCCGAAAAAGAUAUACAGCAACGCGCACGCGUACCACAUCAACUCGAUCUCGGUGAAUUCCGACGGCGAGACCUUUGUGUCGUCCGACGAUUUACGCAUCAACUUGUGGAAUCUCGGCAUCUCGGACCAGUCGUUCAAUAUUGUGGAUAUCAAGCCGGCAAACAUGGAGGAAUUGACGGAAGUCAUCACGUGCGCGGAGUUCCACCCCCAGUCGUGCAACCUCUUUAUGUACUCACUGUCCAAGGGCACCAUCAAAUUGGCGGACAUGCGCGAGAACUCGCUCUGCGAUAGCCAUGCGAAGAUCUACGAGGAGUACACGGACCCUACCAACCACAACUUCUUCACGGAGAUCACGCUGUCGAUCCUGGAUGUCAAGUUCAGCCACGACGGCAAAUACAUUGUGUCGCGCGACUACAUGACAGUCAAGAUCUGGGACGUGGCCAUGGAGCGCGAGCCUGUCAAGGUCAUCAACAUCCACGAGCAAUUGCGAGACCGCCUCUGCGACACGUACGAGAACGACGCGAUCUUUGAUAAGUUCGAGGUCCAGUUCGGCGGCGACAACGACUCCAUCAUGACCGGGUCCUACAACAACAACUUCAUGAUCUACCCCAACGCCGUGUCGGGUACAGCCGCCAGUAGCGCCGCUCCUGAAGAUGACGUCAUUGUGCUCCAGGCGGACAAGUCAGCUUUCAAGACCAAGAAGGUGGGUUAUACGAAGGCACGCCCGGGUGUCAAGAACCGCCUCUCCAUGAAUGCUAACGGCACCCUCGGCAUGAUGAAGAAGGACAUGGACUUCGAGACCAUCGACUUCAAGAAAAGUAUCUUGCACGCCAGCUGGCACCCGCACGAAAACUCCGUUGCCAUUGCGGCUACCAACAACUUGUACAUCUUCAGCACCUUGUAGCAAGCUGCUGGUAUUUCCUGACGACUUUAGUUCUUGUUUACUAGCUUUUUUUAAUCCGAUUUCAGUAGCCAACCGAUGGCUGUAAGCGUGACGUUGGUAUCGUAAGCCAUACUGAACCAGGGGUCCGAAGCGUGGUGAAAUCCAACAACCUUAUGUGGUAAUUAUCGUCAUAGGAGAAGUUAAGGCGCUGCAACACUUAGGUGUAUAGUCCGGAUUGCAGGGCCCUAGAUACCUCACGACGGGGUCUCGUACAACGGGUAAUUCACUGUCGGCAUCUCACUAAACAUGUUCUUUUUGUUACGGGGUCUCACUGAAUACGCUC